CCCCCAUCAGAUUCUAAUCCUGCUGCCUGGGCUGUUCACACCUGGUUCUUGCAUUCAAAACGUGUCCACUUAACAAAGGAGAAACUGGUUCUGACGGCUCUGGGCAAAGCUGGGUAAUAGUGGGAAAAGGACUGAUUGGAUAGCCCUGACAGAGUCAAACAAACACAACUUGAUUUGUUGCUUUAUGCUGGUAAACAGUGUGGCCCAGCUCAGGUACUUUGUUCACCGCACUUUGAGUUCCACGUCGAUUGUGGUGAGAAGAGCAGUUAGGACAGAGUCUCUCCUUCACCAUACCAUAGGGAAAAAUUCCGCAAUGGAAACGGGAGAGGAAUCCCAGGCAGAGCCAGACCGGAUGUGUAGCAGCAAUGGCAAUGAUCAGUGCCAAAAAGUCAGCCUUUUGGAGGCUGCUAUGGACCCAUUGCCAAAUAGUGAAACUUUGCCAGGAAUUAAGAAUGAGGAGACUGUUAUAACCGAAGGGAAGGCAGAGAUUAUCUUCCCCAGUGCCAAUGAAGUAUUUUACAAUCCUGUGCAGGAGUUCAACCGUGAUCUAACGUGUGCUGUCAUCACAGAGUUUGCUCGAAAGCAACUGAGGCCCAAGGGGAUUCAGGUGCUGGACCCCGGAGAAGAGGAAAGGCAGAAGAUAAUUGUAAAUUUGGCAGAGAGUGAAACCGCCGGGGCAGCAGCAGGAUUGGGAGAUGCGCCGGUCAUAAAGAAAACUGCCAACGUGGGAGAGAAAUGUGAGGGUGGGAUUCGUGUACUAGAGGGGCUGGCAGCAUCUGGGCUUCGCUCGAUCCGAUUCGCUAAGGAGGUUCCUGGAAUUCACAGUAUUGUGGCAAAUGACUUUUCCUCAAGAGCGGUGGAACUGAUGAAGAGAAACAUUGAGCUCAAUGGAGUGCAGCACUUGGUAACAGCCAGCUUGGCAGAUGCAAGCAUGCUCCUGUAUGAGUCCAGGAGGAGACGGGACCGCUUUGAUGUGAUUGACCUGGAUCCCUACGGAAGUCCAUCGCAGUUCAUAGAUGCGGCAGUUCAAGCUGUCAGUGAAGGAGGGCUUCUUUGUGUCACAUGUACAGACAUGGCAGUGAUGGCUGGGAAUAGUGGGGAGACCUGUUACAGCAAAUAUGGAGCCAUGUCCCUGAAAUCCAAGUUCUGUCACGAAAUGGCUCUACGCAUCAUCUUACACAACCUGGAUCUCCGUGCAAACUGCUACCAGCGAUACAUUGUUCCUGUCCUCUCCGUCAGUGUUGACUUCUAUAUCCGAGUGUUCGUCCAGGUGUUCACAGGACAGGCUAGGGUUAAAGCGUCUGCCAGUAAGCAAGCUCUGAUAUAUAACUGUGUGGGCUGUGGCACCUUCCAUAUUCAGAGGAUGGGCAAAAUGAUCAGCCAUGGUAACAACUACAAAUACACAGCCAGCUCGGGGCCACCAGUGGGAGCAGAAUGCGAGCAUUGCUGCCAGAGGCACCUGCUUGGUGGCCCAAUCUGGGCUGAGCCGAUCCAUGACCAGGACUUUGUCAAGAGAGUUCUCGAAUCAGUGGAACACAACCCACAGCGGUUCAAGACUUCAGAUAGAAUACUGGGCAUGCUCAGCAUGGUCAAAGAGGAGUUGCCGGACUGCCCUUUAUACCACACCAUGGACCACCUGAGCAGUGUUAUCCACUGUAAUACUCCAUCUCUCCUGCAGAUGAGGUCUGCCCUGCUUCACGCUGGCUAUCGAGUAUCCCUCUCGCAUGCUUCUAAAAAAGCUGUUAAAACUGAUGCACCAUCUUCAGUGAUCUGGGAUAUCAUGAGGUGCUGGGUGAAGAUGCACCCAGUGAAGCGGGAGAAGCUGUCCGAGAGUAGUCCCGCCUUUCGAAUUCUCAGCAAAGAGCCUGUUCUGCAGGCUUGCUUCGACAUCCGGGAAGAUGCAAAUCCCAAAUCCAGGAAGCAAGGGCUGAAACGCUUCCAGGAAAACCCUGAAGCCAACUGGGGACCUAAGGCACGGGCCAAAGUCGGUGGAGGAAUUCAUCAACCGUUGGAAGAUAAAAGCAAACGGCUGCAGAAUAAACGGAAGCAGAAGUUCAACGUUCCAGAUUAUGGGAAAACUAUCCCCUGUAAAAAGUUCAGAGAGGGAAACUGCACCUACGGAGAGGAGUGUCGUUACUCUCACCAGGAAGAGAUCGAGACCGCACAGAACAGACAAUAGAAAAUUGCAUUUUUCUGAAGCCUGCGAUGAGGUUUUGCCACCAGUUACAUUGCAAACACUGAACUCUCAAAAAACAACCACCCUUAUUGUAAGUGGUUGCAGAAUUUAUAUAUGAAAAGUGUAAGAUUCAACAUGCAGUGUUUUGUUAUUUAUAAUUAAACUGCAUUUUUAAAAAGUUCGUGUCUUA